AUGCUCGACAAUUCUUCACAUUCUACAAAACAUGGAUUUCGGCUGCCGAAGACCCCGCGACUAGGGCUUGGAAUGUCAUCCAAUACCCAUAGCACACAGUUGACACCAAGAACGCUGACUGAUGGAGGAUUUAAAGGAGAGCUAAAGAGAUCGGAAGUUCUUGAGACUCAGAUUCGGGAGAUUAGUCAGACCGCAUCACAGGCUUAUGACAAAAUAGAUGAUUUGAAGACGAGGAACAAUAUGCUUGAAGAGCAGGUUGCCCAACAGAAACGGCUGAUUCAUAAUAUUAUGGGAGAACUUGACACGGCUAAAGAUGAUGCUGAGAAAGUGGAAUCAUUGGUGAGUGAGGCAAGAGAACAAGCAAAACUGGCCAGACAAGCACAAGCACAGGCUGAAAUGAUAGCAGAGGAAACACAGGAACGUUUAAAGUCGAUGCUCAGAGACAGCCAAUCAUCAAAUGGGUCAGCCAGUAGCGGGAAUGCAGCCAAUAUGAAUGCGAAUUUUUCCAACAUGUCUUUAACUACAAGGGGAACACCGGCCACUUCUGUGUAUACUUCUCCCAACAGUACUAUUGAGAUAAAGAAAGCUGUACAACCGCCAUGUGUGGACGGAACAGAUGUGGAUAAGGUGGCACAUGAGAAUAAUAUUAUAGACAAACAACAACAUUGCAUUACGGAGUUAAGGGCCAGAGUGAAGGAAUUGGAGGUACAGACAGACAGAGACGACAAGGAAUAUCAGGAUACUCUAAAUAGACUGAAAUCAUCAUUACUUGCAAUUAGUGCCAACCGAAAGUUUCUGGGCAGCAGGUUAGAAGUUCGGGAUGAUGAAGAAUACCAACGCAGACCUAAAUAUUUUGGUCAUGAAGAGGGGAAAACUUAUGUUCUUAAGUUGUGA